GGAGACUACCUGUACAUGUGGGGUGGGGACCAGCCUGAUCUCCCUGAAGUGCAUAAUAAUGAAAAGAAGAAAUCAAUGUGUUCUUUGAUGGAGGUGUGUCACCUAAGGACUGGUACCUAGGUGGGAGCAGAAACCCACCACUGGUAACCAUCCACUGGGUGUUGUUAGCUAUGCAGCUGCUGCCAUUGGAAGGGAAAUAUUUUAUUUCGGAGGGGAUUGUAAUCAUGGUGACUGUUAUCAUAAUAGUUUAUGCAGUUUUAAUGUUGAUACCUUCAAAUGGAAGGAACUCUCUCCUACUACAUCUCAUCAUGGUCCUAGGAUGAAGCACCUCUGUGACAUGAUAGCAAUAAAAGUGAACAGUGAGGACUAUCUUGUAGUAGUCGGAGGAUAUGGAUCAACUUCUAAUAACACACCCAAACAACCUGGUGCCCAGUACAGUGAGAUUGAAGAUAUAUUUUCUAUUGAAACUAAUCAACGAUGCAAUGAGAUUCAUUUCUAUAAACUCUCAACAGGACAAUGGAUAUCACCGACUGUCACUGGAGACAGACCACCUCCUAUUAAUAGCUUCACUUUAACAUCAAUUAAUAAUUCCAGUGCUAUAUUAUUUGGAGGUUUCACUGCUAAUGGAGACAGUAACAAUGUAUAUAUUCUUAAUUUUACUGAUACAUCAGUGAAUUGUUCAAAGUUAUCUAGUCCUGGACAAUCCGUACAAUGGCCUAAGGAAAGAAGUGCUCAUUCCAGUGUAUUGAUUAACACUAGCUCAGGACCACACCUACUAGUGGUGGGUGGAACAGCAGGGUUAUUUGUUUCUAUUUCUGAUAUUUGGAUAUUUGAUACUAACAAUAAAUCAUGGAAGGAACUGGAUAAUGUACCAGACGAUGUCACUGAUAGAUGGCGUCAUUCACUUUUAGUUUGGAGUGUGACUCCAACCACUAACUGGAUAAUUGUGUUUGGAGGAAUGCAAAUCAUUUCACUAAUAAGUGAUCCAGCAGUUAUUUAACUCAGAUAUACUAGUAAUAAUGAUUGGUCUACUAGUAUAAUACC